UUUCUUUUCUUUCUUUUUUUUUUUGUGAGUGUGGUGUUUUUUUUUAAACCUCCAAACUGGAACGCCAUCCAAGUAGAACUGCUCAGUAUAUUGUUUAUGUGGUGCCAAUACAGGACAGAUUGAAGACGGCAAGACGACUUGAACUGGGCUUUCCUCCGACUGAUCGCGGGGAGUAAAGUCAUCUCUUCUAUUCCGGUCGCCAAGGAGAGUGGGAGACGGAGAGAGACAGAGAGGCGAGCGAGAGGGGGGAGAGGGGGAGAAAAAACACACACACCCGCGAAAGAAACUGCCAUCAACUACCACCCCCCGCCCCCUCGGUCUGACAUUUCCCCUCGUUUUGUGACCCCUUUUGGUGAGGAGCUGGUUUCGCCCCAAAAUUGUUUUAAUGUUUGGGAUUCAGGAAAAUAUACCACGAGGUGGGACGACCAUGAAAGAAGAACCGCUGGGCAGUGGAAUGAACCCAGUCCGCUCAUGGAUGCAUACUGCUGGGGUAGUGGAUGCUAACACAGCCGCCCAAAGCGGUGUGGGGUUGGCUCGGGCACAUUUCGAGAAACAGCCGCCUUCCAAUCUCAGAAAAUCCAAUUUUUUCCACUUCGUCUUAGCACUGUACGACAGGCAGGGACAGCCAGUGGAGAUUGAAAGGACAGCUUUUGUGGACUUUGUGGAAAAAGAGAAAGAGCCAAACAAUGAAAAAACUAACAAUGGAAUUCACUAUAAACUCCAGCUAUUAUACAGUAAUGGAGUUAGAACGGAACAAGAUCUGUACGUUCGCCUAAUAGAUUCAAUGACCAAACAGGCAAUUGUCUACGAAGGGCAAGACAAAAACCCCGAAAUGUGCCGAGUGCUCCUGACCCACGAAAUCAUGUGCAGUCGGUGCUGUGACAAGAAAAGUUGCGGCAACAGAAACGAAACACCUUCAGACCCUGUUAUCAUUGACAGAUUUUUUCUAAAGUUUUUCCUCAAGUGCAAUCAAAACUGUUUGAAGAAUGCAGGCAACCCACGAGAUAUGCGAAGAUUCCAGGUUGUUGUAUCAACAACGGUCAAUGUGGAUGGCCACGUUUUGGCUGUCUCAGACAACAUGUUUGUACACAACAACUCCAAACAUGGAAGGCGGGCUCGCCGCCUUGACCCCUCAGAAGGUACGGCCCCUUCUUAUCUGGAAAAUGCAGCCACCCCAUGUAUAAAGGCCAUCAGCCCCAGCGAAGGUUGGACAACGGGUGGAGCCACAGUCAUCAUAAUCGGAGACAACUUCUUUGAUGGGUUGCAAGUUGUAUUUGGAACAAUGCUGGUCUGGAGUGAGCUGAUAACACCCCACGCCAUCAGAGUUCAAACCCCACCACGGCACAUUCCUGGAGUUGUUGAAGUAACUCUCUCCUAUAAAUCCAAACAGUUUUGUAAAGGUGCUCCUGGGCGAUUCGUCUAUACUGCCCUUAAUGAACCCACCAUAGAUUAUGGUUUCCAGAGGUUGCAGAAAGUCAUUCCACGGCAUCCAGGUGAUCCUGAACGGUUACCGAAGGAAGUAUUACUUAAAAGAGCAGCUGACCUUGUCGAAGCCCUGUAUGGUAUGCCCCACAACAAUCAGGAAAUCAUCCUGAAACGAGCAGCUGAUAUUGCAGAAGCAUUAUACAGUGUGCCACGCAACCACAAUCAGAUUCCUACACUUGCCAACACUCCAGCUCACACUGGCAUGAUGGGAGUAAACUCGUUUAGCAGCCAGCUAGCAGUUAAUGUUUCAGAAACAUCACAAGCUAAUGACCAAGUAGGCUACAGUCGCAACACAAGCAGUGUUUCCCCGCGAGGAUAUGUUCCAAGCAGUACUCCUCAGCAGUCCAAUUACAACACAGUCAGCAAUAGCAUGAAUGGAUAUGGCAAUGCCGGCAUGCCCAAUCUUGGUGUACCUGGUUCUCCUGGAUUUCUUAAUGGCUCUUCAGCCAACUCACCUUAUGGCAUAGUGCCGUCAAGCCCUACCAUGGCAGCCUCUUCGGUCACCCUCCCUUCAAACUGUAGCAGUACACACGGCAUUUUCUCAUUCUCACCUGCCAAUGUCAUCUCUGCAGUGAAACAAAAGAGCGCCUUUGCUCCUGUUGUCAGGCCCCAAGCAUCUCCUCCACCAUCUUGCACCAGUGCAAAUGGAAAUGGACUUCAAGCUAUGUCUGGGCUUGUAGUCCCGCCAAUGUAAAUUCAUUUUUGUUUACAUACCAUAGCACCAAGCUUCAGAAGAUGAGCUUUUUAGGGGACAAGUUUAGUAUUUAAGACGUGCUGAUGGAACCAGUAUCUUCAAAAUACAAUCAGCAACGUGUUGAAAUGCUACAAAUAAAGAAAAAAAAACUUUGUUUAAAGAUUUUAUUUAAACUAUUAAGAAUCAACAUGCAAACAAUCAAUUUCUUCAUGAACAAUUCCAUUUUAUUGACUGAACUUCUGUCAUAUUUUCACAUUUCUUUGUCCUGAAGAAUAAGGAAAAAGCGACGCCUAUUUUGUAUAAAGUUUCUGAUUACGUCUUGGCUAUGUCUAGUACUUGCUAUGUGUCGGGAAAAACUUUGUGGAUGCACCAUUUUGAUUAUCAUGAAACACUGAUGAAAACGCCUCCAAAGCAUUUUUUUUCUGUACUCAUAACUAGAUUCACAAUGGUUGUGUAUCUCUAUAAUGUGAAAUAUUUUUUUGUGGUUAAAAAAGGGGGCCAAGGAGGUAUGAGCCAUCAAAACUGGAAAAAAAAGGAUGAAUAUAUGAUUUGAGAUAAUUUGGGGAGCUGGGGAGGGGGGGGAGGGUUUACCAUUGCUUAACUUCAUCUUAAUGAAAUGGAACUUUGUAACUUAUUGUAGUUAGAAAUUGUAACUUUGAUAUUGAAUUCUCUUGCCUUCAACAAGCACACUGACAGAGAAAAAAAAUGCUACUGUCUGUUGGUAACAAUAUACUUCCACUGCUAGAGCUUCCUGUUAAGCAAGUGUGAUCUGCAACAUUUUUUCAACUUUUGCUAGCACUGUAUACUAUUGCAUUCUUAGGCUACUGUGAAGUCUAUGUUUCUUGUACCAGAAAAUUGUCCUUUUGACUUCUAGAUCCUUCUUCCCUAAUGUGUUUUGUAUGUGGUUAUAAAAUUGUAGACUUUUGUGAUUUUGCCAAAGUUGUAGCUAAAUAUUUAUACACUUGUCUUGAAUUUUUUUCAGAUCCACUUAAAUAUUUAGAAGAACAAAUUUUAUUCCUUAUAAAAAGAUAAGGAAUAAAAUAGUCAUACAUCGCAACACUUUCUUUCACAUAAACACUUGCAAUCACCAAGGGAAUUUGGUUUUUUUGUAACAUAUCGAUUAUAAAUAUUGUAUUUAUCUUUGAAAUUUUGUAUAUUGCUUUCCAUCAUUUUUUUCUUGUAUGUAUGUGGGGGGUUUUUUGGUCAUUGACUGGUAUCGUGAUGCUGUGAAAAGCAUUAAGCCAAGAACAAUUGCCUUCAUAUUUUCUGCUAAAAUAGAUUUGUGUUCUUUCAUUUCAUUUGUAUUUCAAAAAGUUGUUAUUUGUUUGGACUUUCCAUACUUUUGUUAUUUUUGAGGAAAAGCUUUGUUUAUUUUUAUAUUAUGUUUAAGUUAUCAGAACAAAUAAUUUUGAAAUAAAGUUGUUUGUUGUAUAGUUAAAACAAAAUCGUGCCACAUGGCUGUAAUAAAUACUAGUAGAAUACGUGCAUGUAAUGCAGCCACAAGGGAAAAAAAGUUCUAUUUUGUGUCUGGAUUUUCUUUUUAAAAUUUUCAUCCUCCAUCCAUUUUCUCUCUUCCUUGUUUCCUUUAUUAAAAAAAAAAAAGAUUGUAAAAAGUCAUUUUAUCUGCCACCCAUGACUUUGCCACAUAGCUGAACUGUGUUUACUGGAAAAAAAUUCAGAAGCCUAAAGCUUAAAUAAAAUUCACUUCUGAUGUUUUAAUUAAAAUGUUUGCCACAUUAACUUCUCGGAUGCCUUAAAAGUAGACUUCUUUGAAGAACUUUUGUGCUGUUUUAUCACAGGCUUACACCACAAUUGUUAAUCGCUCCUUCAUCUGGAUGGUUCAUGGUGUACAAAAGCACAAACCUAAGGGUGCAAUCUACCCAUCUGCUAUUGCUGUGCAUAUUUUGUUCAUUUCCAUCAACCCCAUGGAAAUGGCGAGCAGUAGCAGCACUGCAGUGCUUGGUCGGUUGUAUCCCUGGUAUACAGCUAUAUCACUCCUUUGUGUGUCUGCUUUCUGCUGCACUCUACAUGCUCUGUAACUUAGCACUGUUUAACAGAGAAAGGCUUCGUAUAUAAUUGGGAUCAUACGUGACUUUUAUAAGUUGUUUUUAUUUACAGAACUCUUGUUUUGUAGCAAGGCUUAACAGCAAUGACUGUAAUUUAAAAACUGGAAUGACCUCUUUAAUAUAUUGUGCCUGUUAGUGCCAAUCUUUAGACUGAGAACAACUAAUUCCCCCCCCCCUCUCUUUCUUUGCACUAAAUGCUUUGUAAAUGCAGCACUGCAAAACAUUUUUUGCAAACUGCAGCAGAACUGAAGUUCAAAGCAAAAAGGAGGGACCACUUUUUUCUUUUUAAACAAAAAAUGCACAUUUUCAGAAAAUGUUUAUAAAAGGUUUUAAAAUUGCUUCAAUAUAUCACAAAUAAUAAAUGUUUUUCACAUUUAUUUUGUGAUAGCCAAUAAGGCUUAGCUAAGUGGAAAAGCCUAAGAAGUCACUUUGAAACUGAAUUGCCUCAGUUUUAUUUUGUAUAAGUAAGGUUUUGAUCUUAAAAGAAAGGUCAUGCAUACAGGUUAAGAAAGUUUGCAAGUUUCUUCAUAAAUGCAAUCUGUUUGUGUUUUAGAUUGAUUAGUCAAUGCACUCAUUGCUUCAUUGUCUCCAAACUGAAAAUUUCACUAAAUGGUAGAUUUUACUGUUAAAGACCCUACAAUAAGAUUGUUUUAUCUGUACAUUUUUUCAGAUAUUUAACUGUAUAAAAAUGUUCAUUUUACACAAUAUUUAAUUAAAGUAUUUCUUGUCUGUGAA